GCAUGUUUUGGGAACGUGUGAAUGCAUUAUGUCUGUGCGAUGGUGCAUGCAUGUUUUGUUGGCCAAGGUGCAUGAAAACGUACACCGUUUCUUCGACAACACUUGAUCGGUGUAGACCAGACGUGUGAAAAUUAUGAUUCUGUCGCGGACAAAUCUGAUGGGAGUCUGAACAUGCAUAUUACACAAGCAUGAACUAAAUAGCUCAUACACGCUAUUUUGUGUAUAAUCCAUUCAUUCUUGACAUUUCCUAUGCGACGAACAAUUGCUGUUUGUAAAUGUCCUUUUGUGUAAUGAUUUUAAGAAAUCGCUCUCAGGUAUUGUCUAGUCAGGUCGACAUACAAAGAUUUUAAAAUGUUGCACUGUAAACAUUAAAUACAAGCCAGUCGUUGCUGUUUCUCCGUUCAUAUUAAGGAAAGAAAAAAAAAAUAAUACAAUUGUACAAUAUGACAUUCCGCUGUAGAUUAAGUUAGCCUAUACAUUAAGAAAAACAUACAAUGUAGUUCUUACGGAAUUUCCUAAUAAUGUUUUAUGAGGAAUGUAAGAAUGUCAUUUACCAAAACAAAGUAGGUUUCACUGUAAAAAAAAAACAAAACAAAAAACAAAAACAUUCCUAUCCAGAUGUAAACAGCUGGGUAGUCUCAAAAAUGUUUUAAAUAUUAUGGCUAUUUUGAUCGAUAGAGGUCGCCAGUUACUCAUACAACUAAGGCUUUUCAGAGACUCACUUCAUUGGUUGGUUUUGGCACUUGCUGGUCCAUCAUGUUGAGAGGCAUUUGGGACAAGAAAAAAAUUAGAAUGUCUGAGAAGACAAAAGGAGAAAUCUAGUUUAAAAGUAUAUGCCUUGGUAUUCAUAGUGGUUUCAUGCAUUUUUAUUUUUUUGUUUAGUGCAAUUUCUUUUAAGAACAUCAUAAUUUUUUUUCCAAAUAUACAAUAUUAAUAUCAAUGUUUUUCUUAAAGUUGCUGUAUUUCACAUGAACAACACAGACAUAGGUAAAUGCUAGUAUUAUUAAUACCUGCUUAACAUACAGCAGAGUAGGCUAUUCAAUUUAUGCAUAAGAAUUUGAUUGACAUUUGUCGUCUAUGCAUGUAUGUAUGUAACAGGUUGAGAUGGACGUGUCUGGCCACAGUCUGUUCCUUUUGCAGCAGCUAAACGUCCAAAGGGAGUUUGGCUUUCUGUGUGACUGCACUGUUGCCAUUGGUAACGUAUACUUCAAGGCUCAUCGUGCAGUCCUUGCUGCCUUCUCAAACUACUUCAAAAUGAUCUUCAUCCACCAGUCCAGUGAGUGCAUCAAGAUCCAACCCACAGAUAUUCAACCAGAUGUCUUCAGCUACCUGUUACACAUCAUGUACACAGGCAUGGGUCCCAAACAACCCGUAGACCACGGCAGACUUCAAGAAGGUAUCAAGUUCCUCCAUGCGUACCAGCUCUGCCACAAAACAGGUGAUGGUGGUCCCGAUGCAUCCUCUGAACCCAUCCGUAUGUCCAACCUGUAUGGCAUCCAGAUCUCUUCACAGUUGGCCAGUAAAGAGAACUCGGGCCUGAAGGCUGGUGGUUCACGGGACCCUGAGGAUGGCCGCUCCAGCACGAGGGCUGAUCGCACACAUGGCCGUUUAGCUCUCGCUGUAGGGCUGGAGGGCAUUACGUCUGAACGACAGCCUCAAAGCUUCCGCGCCGCAUCCUCAGUGGCCUCGGGGGACGACUCUGACAUUUCGGCACGGAUAAAACAGGAAAGAGCAGAGGAGGAAGAACAGGAAGGUGACAAAGAGCCUUGCUCUCUCUCCCAAGCUCAGGUGAGCCCCUGUCUAUUCAAAGAUGCCCCUCUAGCGCUCUUAUGCCCCCGGUGCGGUGAACGCUGUCUGUCACCUGAAGGCCUACAAGAGCACCUAUUUACCCAUGCAGCCUGUGCCCUCGAGCCUAGUGGUCUGAUGGAAGGCCCUUCAGAGGACAAAACCGGGGAGCACAAGUCCCUAGAGGAGAGGCGGCCUCACAAUAAGCGCAUAGACUCUGGCAGUCUGGAGGAGGCCUUACGGCAGAGUCAGGCCCUGGCAGAUGAGCUGGCCGUGGAACUCAGGCGAGGUAGUGGGACUGGAUGGAGCGGCAGCCCGUUGGCAGCCUUCACACGAAAACGAAAGAUGGCCUGUGCCGUCUGCAACCUUCGGUUCACGCAGAAGAGUCAGCUGCAGGAGCACAUGUUCGCACAUGUGGGCAAGCCGUUGCGAUACCAUCGUUACAGCCGCUUCUGCGGGCAGCUGCUCCAGGGCUGUGAGGGCCAGCCAGAUAUUACCGCAGCCACAGGAGAGGAGGCAGCCAAGGACACUCAGGAUAAUGGCAGCUCCUGCUACUCACUGGACUCUGAGGUCUCUCAGGAGAGUGUGGACACAGUGACUGUGGAAUGACGUAGUGUUUGACAUAUAUUCAUGCACACACAACACACAAUGACUGUUAAAGAAAUAUUCUGGAUUUAGUGCAAGUUAAGCUCAGUCAACAGCAUUUGUUGAUUACAACAAAAAAUCAUUUCCACCUGUCCCUCCUUUUCUUUAAAAAAAAGGAGCAAAAAUCUGUUACAGUGAGGCAUUUACAGAAGUGAAUGGGGCUAAUUCAUAAACAUUAAAAUACUCACUGUUUUAAUAAGACAUAAACAAAAGUAGUGCUUGUGACAUACAUAAUUUUAAAAAGAAUAAUGUAUAAGUGUUUUUAAAACGUUUUAAGAGUCAUGUUUCUGCUUUUAAUUCCUCCAAAAUUGGUCCCCGUUCACUUACAAUCCAGUGUGCCUCGCCAUAACCUCAGUUUUUGCUUUGUUAAGAAAACGGGACAAGUAAAAAUUGCUUUGUGUUAAUCAACAUUAUUCUUCAAAUUAUGCUGAUUGAGCUGAACUUUUAUUAAACCCAGAAUUUUCCUUUAAUAAAUUUUCUUUUCUGCCUCAGAACUUCUGUCCUGUCACAAAAGUCCUUAUCAGUGUUAAAACAUACAAUAGUUUUGUUUCAAACUUAGUGUUGAUGAUUGUAGUGUUAUUGUAUAAUGAUGUUGCUGACUCUUGGAUGACUGAACACUGUUGGAUCAAUUAUAUAUUGAAAGGAAUUAUUAGAUUGACAAGCACAUGCAUGUGAAACUUAAAUAGCACUAUUAAGUGGCACAUUUGACCACAAUCAAAAUAUUUAUUUUCAGAGGCCUGCUUAAACUAAUAAUGUGAUUAUUUUUGUUUAUUUUGGGGUUGUGGCCUAAUGAGUGAAACUGACUGAGCAUAGAUUCUAAAUGAUUUCUUCCCUAAAUCGAAUUACCUAUCCAAAACUGGUUCAGUGCCUUAGAAUAUUUUUGCCAAACAUCUCUGUAAAGAAAAACACUUAAACUAUUGCUCAGCCAGUUGAACCAAAUCCAGCUGUUUUUCAUUUUUCAAGUUAACAGUGAACAGUGCCUAUUUGUGCAAAGUUGUCCAAGACAUCUACACAAUCAGAAUAAUCUAUCAAAUGAAUGUGUGCAACUGGUGCUUUUCUAAAGUUUGCUAACAGUCUUACUACAUAAAUACAAACCGAGACAUAAAUACAAAGAUGGGACAAUGCCACUGUAAAUGUCUUAUAUAAUACUUCUUGACAAACACAGCAAUGGCACAUUCAGUCAUGUUUCAAAAGCAGACAGGUCAUUUAUAGACAGUUUACAGACAGUUAUAUUCAUUGAAUAAUUGAGGCUGGUGUACUGUGAUGAGUAUAUUAAAUCAGCAAAACUUGCAUUUGUGUUAUUUGUGUGACUUGUGUAGUGCAUUUAAAUCGUCCCUUUCUAUUUUAUUCAUCAUCAGCACUCAGUGCCACCGUGUGAUAAUGUUUUGGGGUAUUU